AUGGCUGAACAGAGAACUAAGAAGAAACAUGAGGAUGUUGCUAACAAGGCUGCUGAAGCAUCAUCUAAAAAGCCAAUUAUUGUUGAGGAGGAUAGCUCAUCUGAUGAGACUGAAUCUGAUGAUGAAACUGAAUCUGAUGAAGAGACUAUUAGUGCUAAGCUACGUAAGAGACAAGUUCCUGAUCCUAAAGGUAAGUCUUCUAAGUACAUUUUUAAUGAAGCUGAGAUUGGAAUAGGGUUUACCAAACCUCUUAGAACUAUCCUUCCCAAAUCUACUAACAUUUCAACUUCUGAUAACCCCCUAUCUGAACUAGAAAAACAUCUUAGCCCUGACCCCCUAAAUAAUCAACCUUUCUCUCAUGAAUCCAACAAAUCUUCAUCACCUCCUAAAUCCAAAUCACCUCAACCCCAACUACAAAAAGAAUCACCUGACAUUCCAUCAUCUGAACCCCAACCAGAUAUUCCCCCUACUGAACCAAACUCUCCUACCAAACAACCCUCUCCUGAAAAAUCUCCUGAACCAACCUCUGAACACAAAUCUCCUGAACCAACAUCUGAACACACAUCUCCUGAAUCAACUCCUGAACUCAAUCCCAACCCAAGUGCUGAACAUGUUUCUCCUGAACUGGGUGAUGAUAUCAAGUCUGUUAUUGGAGAACGGGAUAUGGAGGUAGUUCAUCUGAUGAAGGAAGGCUUAGCAAGGGCUGGUUUGAAAAGGUUGACUAUGUAUAGUCAUGAAGAGAAUGAGCGUGCCAAGUUUGCUGCUGUAUCUGCUGCUGUGAGGCGUCUGACAGCUUUCAAGGAUUGCUGGGUUAAUUCUAAACUUUUCAAGAGUCUUGAAGAUCAAAGGAUUGAAAAUGAGCGUAUGGCUGAAGCUGCUGCAAGGAUUGCCCAACUAGCUGAUGAGCUGAACCAAGAGGAUGCUCCAGAUGCUGACGUUCUUAUGAUUGAUUAUCAAGAGGAUGGUGAACCCUCCUCUGAUAAAGGAAAAGCUCCUAUGGUUUCAGAUCAGCUAAGAAUUCUUCAGGAUGCAUUGAGGCAACAACAAGAAGAUCUUGAGAGGCACAGAUCAAAUCAUCAGAACUUAGAGUCCAAGGUGGAUAAGCUUGACUCCAAAGUGGACUCCCUGAACGACAAAUUUGACAUCCUCUUAGCUUUUCUUCAAAAACCCUAG